AUGAGCACAGGAGACGAUAUCGAAGGACAGAAAGUGGCCACAUCCAAUGAAAGUAAAGGGGAUCCACAGCAGUUUCAAACGGUAGUAAGUGCGCAUGACGAAGAAGAUUUACUUCCUGUGGUAGACGACGUAUCCUUCCCAGUAUGGUUGAUCGCGUUCGUGGGAGCUGCCGAGCGUUUCGCCUGGUAUGGGCCGACCACCCCUUUGCACGAGUCUUUCUCAAAGAAUUACAUCCAGCAUUCUCCUUCCAGCAAUAUUCCCGGCGUACUGGGCCUGCGCGAAGCGAUGGCAACCAAUAUUGUGAACGCGAUGAUGGCUGCCGGUUAUCUCGCAACGAUCCCAGCAGCAGUCAUGGCUGAUAUGUGGUUGGGUCGCUAUAGAACUAUUCUGGUCUCUGCUCUCGUCCAACUCUGCGGCUCUGCGAUUUUGUUCGAGACCUCCUUUCCUCGCGCCGUUCAAGCCGGUGCCGCAGAAGGUGGAUUAGCCACCGCUAUCGUGCUCAUCUCUCCAGGCUCAGGAGGCGUGCGAUCCUCCAUCGCUCCAUUUAUCGGUAUGUCACAAUGGAAGCACCAGUUGCCUGGAGUUGACAACCUCUUCGAGCUGACCGGCCAUAGCGGAGCAGUCAAGGUAGUAAAGAACGGACAAAAAUCGAGAGCUUACAAUCCAAUAUAUCUACAAUGUGUACUACUAGUAUUUCGUCCCCGUGCCUCGUUUCGACAUCUAGCACUGUUGACACCUCGCCCUAUGAUGGUGAAUGUGGGUGGACUGUCGGCCCUGAUGACCACAAUUCUUGAGAAGUAUGUUGGAUACUGGGUCGCGUACCUGGUGCCCUUGUGCAUGAUGGUUCUAUCGGUUGUGCCAUUGCUGGCGUGGCGACAUACGCUCGUCCAACGCCCACCAAGUGGCUCUGUGCUGCCACAAGCCAGUAGAGCAAUGAUGGACGAGGCCAAGCCAGAAAAACAACAAGAGAAGCACCACCGACAGGUGCCCUGGACCGAUACAUUCAUUGACGAGUUGAAGAGUGGAUUACUCGCAUGUCGGGUUUUUCUCCUCUUUCCCGUUCAUUGGUUGUGCCUGAAUCAAACCUUCAAUAACCUCAUUUCCCAGGCCGGACAGAUGGUUAAUUCCGGAGUUCCGAACGACACCAUCAAGUCACCCAACCCUAUUGCCAGCAUUAUCCUGACUCCAGUGGCCUCAAAGGGAUCCGAUUCGGGCCCAUGGCCCGGAUUGCCAUGGGAUUCCUAUUUCUCAACCUCGCUAUGGUUUACACCGCGAUCCUGCAGAAAUUAUGCCCGGAGUCAGAUCAUGGCCAGAUUCCCAAUCAAAUCUCCAUGUUCCCUGCAAGCACCAAUCUACGUCCUCGGUGCAAUUGCGGAAAUCUUCUGUUUCACCACGGGGACAGAAUACGCCUACAAAAAAGCCCCAAAGACGAUGAAAUCGAUGAUUCAAUCGGUGUGGAUGGCCACCGCUGGAGUUGGAGCUUGCCUGGCCAUGGCUUUUACGCCAAUAACCAAGGACCUUCAUCUGGUUAUCAUGUAUUCGUCAUUGGCGGGCGUCAUGGCCAUGACAACGGUUUUGUUCGGGGCAUUCUUUGGGAAGCACAAUAGAGAGAAGACCCUCCUUCUAUGA